AUAGAAAAGGGUGUGAGAACGUUGUUGCCUAUAAUUUAUCUCGCCUUACAUUGCUUUCGAGUUCUUGUGAUUUUCCCAAUCUUGAUGAUUCCUUUCCUUAUGAGCAUGCUUUUAUUUUUGAUCGUGUGCCUUGGUAUGCCGAUAUUGCAAAUUAUUUGGCUAGUGGUGUCUUGAAUGAUUAUUUAUCCUUCCAAGAAAGGAAGAGAUUUAUUUCAAAGUGUAGGUACUUUCUUUGGGAGGAUCCAUACCUUUUCCAUCUCGGGAAGGAUGAAGUCAUUAGGCGGUGCGUAUCCAAGAAGGAGCAACCCGACAUCUUGACCACAUGCCACUUGUCCAAUUGUGGUGGCCAUUUCGGUGGCCGAGAAACGACAUUCAAGGUGCUUAAAAGUGGAUUCUAUUGCCCUACGAUCUUCAGAGAUUCCCACACCUUCUCGACUUCAUGUGAUCGAUGUCAACGCUCGAGGAAUAUUGGGAGGAGGAAUGAGAUGCCCCUUAACAC